UGCCAGGGUUUUCGGGUCGCUGCCCAAUAGGAGAGGAGUUCUCUGUGAGGAGGGUGGAGACCGGGUCGUGGCGGAUCUUUGGGCGGUCCAGACAGUUUUGUUUCGGAGUUGAGUUGGUAAUGUGGCAGUGUGGAGCCUGGGAGGGGUGAACCCAUGCGUGCUUUCUGCGUCUCUGUGUGUGAAAAGCUCCCGACGGUAUUUAUGCACAAACCCGUAUAGGAGUGCCUGAGGUGCCGCGGUGAAGGAGGGGAUCUACAGCUGACACGUUGAUGCGUGUUCACCCGGGACCAAACAGAACCAUGGAGCCAUGAGGAUGUUGGGAUUAAUCCGCAGUGGAGAUUUCUUCAUUUAAGAUAUUUAUUUUAUUUUUUUUAUUUUUUGUUUCUAUACUUUUUUUUUUCUAUUGUGCGUCCGGGGCUCGUGAGGAUGGAUCAGGCGAAUAUCCUGAGGAAGUUCAUUCAGGGGGUUCACGCCAUGAGAUCCGGAGAGCAGAGAGGAGAAGAUAACUUCAGUUCGGACUUCAUGAGACUACGCCGAUUAUCGACCAAAUACAAGACGGAAAAGAUCUAUCCCACGAAUGUUGGCGAGCGAGAGGAAAACGUGAAAAAGAACCGAUAUAAAGACAUACUGCCGUUUGAUCACAGUCGAGUGAAAGUGACGUUAAAAACAUCCAACCAGGACACGGAUUACAUCAACGCUAACUUCAUUAAGGGCGUGGAUGGACCUGAGGCCUACAUUGCCACUCAGGGCCCGUUGCCCAACACUGUCCUUGACUUCUGGAGAAUGAUCUGGGAAUACCAUGUCGCAGUCAUUGCUAUGGCGUGUCGAGAGUUCGAGAUGGGGAGGAAAAAAUGUGAGCGGUACUAUCCCCAGUUUGGAGAUGAGCCCAUGUCCUUUGGCCCUUUCAGGAUCUCCUGUGAAUCAGAACAACCUCGAACUGACUAUUACAUUCGUAGCCUAACAGUUGAGUUUGACAACGAGUCUCGUAGAAUAACCCAAUUCCAUUACAUCAACUGGCCAGACCACGAUGUUCCCUCGUCGUUCGACUCCAUAUUGGACAUGAUUGCACUGAUGAGGGAGUACCAGGAGCAUGAUGAUGUUCCUGUGUGUGUACACUGCAGUGCUGGAUGUGGGAGAACGGGUGCCAUUUGUGCCAUUGACUACACAUGGAACCUGCUGAAAACUGGGAGGAUUCCUGAGGAUUUCAACGUCUUUCAGUUGAUUCAGGAGAUGCGCACGCAGAGGCACUCGGCGGUCCAGACGAAGGAGCAGUACGAGUUGGUCCAUCGAGCUAUCGCCCAGCUUUUCGAGAAGCAGCUGUUGCUGUUGGAGAGCCCUACGAAUUCAGAGCUAACAGAUGGCAUGGACGAAGGCAGUCCGGAAAAACCCAGCCAGAAUUCAGAUGAAGAUCAGUGGGACACGCCUCCACCCAAACCACCACGGAUUCGCAGUUCUCAGGUCGAGGGCGUCGUCCAAGAGGAAAUCCUGCAGGCCCCACAGCCUCGGCCAGUGCCUCCCAUCCUGACUCCGUCCCCUCCUUCAGCAUUCCCCACGGUCAGCGACGUGCGCCAGGAGAACGACCGUUACCAUCCUAAACCUGUGCUGCACCUGCUGGCUUCAGAACACGAACCCGACCUCAAUGAGAACUACAGCGGUGGCCCCCAGGGCGCGCCCCCUACGCCUGCCUCCAUGCCCACGACUUGCCCUCCGGAGUCCAACAAACACACACCUCUGAGUGUGGAGAUCAAGAAAGUGCCCCUGCAGGAAGGACCACGCAGUUUCGAGAGUGGGGGUCAGCUGCAACGGACGCACGCUUUCAAGGUGCGCACCAAUAACAGCUUAUCACAAGAUUCAGAAAACCCACCCCGUCCCGACCACCUGCCCCUGCGUGCCAACAAGGUGGGCUGGACUCGCUCUGCAAACCCCACAUCUGUCUCCAGUCUGACCCCUGAGGUUCCUGGUGCUCCCCUCAGGACCGCUCUAAGCUUCACAAACCCGCUGCACUCGGACCACUCGGACCCAGAACCCGAGGAUGGAGAGGAAUCCCUGCCCAUUCCCCAUUCCACAGAUUCCCAGUGUAGUGUUUCCAUUGCGGCCGGCAAAGUUUCAGCGGCGCCCCACGACGACGGCGUCCCCAGGAAGGUUACCUCAAUGUCCUUAGUUGGUGUCUGCUCCAAGGCAGAUGCAGAUACAGUGACCAGAGUGAAGAAUCACCUCCCCCUCUUCCUGAAAGAACCCUUGAGUCCUUCUUUUUGGCCACAGGUGCGUCCCAGCCAUCUGCUUCCCUGUCCGGCCACACAAGGGCAUCAGAAGCAGCCAUGGAUCCAUUUUAACUCAUGUUUGUGUUCAUGUCAGGGCUUAAAGGGCAGGAAGUGGGAUCCAAUAGAUGUGCAGGAGCUGAAUGAAUGUACAGGAGCUUUAGGAGACACUUCCCUCCAGCAAACACCAACCACAAAAACUAAACUUCACUCGGAUCGAGGACAGGAGAACGGAAAGCACACCGACACAGGAACCAUCAACAAAGCUACCACGAGAACGGAGUCUGAGACGCAGAUGGGAUUCGGCAGCCGCUGCACGCAACCCAAAGGCCCGAGAAACCCUCCGUCCGACUGGACAUGAUCCAGGACCUCCUGUAGAUGACCCAAAACGCACCGUCGCAUACACACGGAUGUAAUCAUCACUGUUCCUCCUUUCCUCCGGGAGAGGAUGAGGAUCAAAGCCUAUAAACCUCUGAGCACCGCGCUUUCUUUUUCCGACAAAACAAUCAGGCUGAACAAUCAGAUCUUCACACUCUCCUGGUGUGGUGUGCUGGACUGGACAUGUGCCGACUGCCACGGGCUCGCUGCAACGCCGAUCCUCUUUUAUUUCUCGCCAGCUCGGGCGGAGUCUGCGCUGCUGAAUUCCGGCGUCUCAUUUUCUACGACUUCUGGGACAAUUUCAUAAUAUAUCUAUAUAUAUAUAUAUAUAUAAAUAUAUAUAUAUACACACACACACACACACACUUAGGAAGCGAGAACUACUGUCUUGUUUGUUUAUAAUUGCCUUUUUUCCCGCUAACUUCUAUAUGCAUCAUUUUUAGGUGUACAAAAUGUGUUAUUUAGCUUAAUAUUCUUAUUAACAGAAAAUGUAAGAAGUCUGUGCAUGACGCCCCCACCCCCACCCUCCAGGAGCUGUAACCUGUAAAUUAUUUGCAAUUCCUUUUCUGCCCCUUCUGUUUUGCUCUCUGUGUUUAUUGUUUAUCCUGUUUUAUUGGCUUCCCAAAAAAUCACAGACUUUUUUUUUCAUUUGUAAAUUGUAUUCCAAAGGUUAUUUUUGUAUACGCACCCUUCACUGCACCCCAACCCCCGGAUCGAACCCCUCCGAGCUUUAAUGUGCCUUUCUGCAUGCCCCUCCGGUCGGCGGUGUGUGUACGAUACGUGUGUGUGUGUGUGUGUGUGUGUGUGUGUGUGUGUGUGUGUGUGUGUGUGUGUGUGUGUGUGUGUGUGAUUUGAAAGAGGGAUUUACAUCAUCACAUUCAAGCCUCUGGGAUCCUUCGGAUUUAUUAUGUUGCAUAAAUCAAUCAGUAAAAAAAUAGACAUGAAGACAUGAA